AUGUUUUAUGUAGCUGAGCGCUUCUUUUCCGUUAUUUGGCUGCUGAAUGAUGACAACCCCGACAUGUCUAUGCUAGAUCUGAUAUGUAAUCGAGAGCCCGCGAAGGGUCAGCGGUCUUCUGCAGCCGGCCAGAAUGAACAGCAGCAACAGUCAAAGCAGGGGCAGGGGGACCGAUCCGUCCAUAGAGAAAGCAGCAGCAGUAGCGAUGGCUCUGACGUUUCAGCAACUCAGAGUAGCAUCAGCAACAGCAGCAGCGUGGCAGCGUCCCCCAGAAGGUAUGACAAGCAGGACUCACCAAAGGCUGCUGCCUCAUGGAUGCAAGUGCAGCAGCACAGGGAGGCACUGUUUUCACGGCCUCCCCCAGACACCGAAUCCCUCCCCGCAAUGGACUUGGCGCCGGCAGCCGACGGUGUCGAUGACGUCGCCGAUGCUGCUCCUGCAGCCUUGAGGCACAGCCGGUCGCAUGAAGGAGCACUCGUGUCGGGGCCGCCCCCUCUGUCGUUGCCUCCGAGUGCAGUGUGUCGACGAGGGGAGAUGCAAAUGCACACGCCGCGCUCACAGCCGGAUGCUGGAAGGCCCUCACGGCCUGCAGUGGCGGCGGCAGCUCUGGGUGCUCUGUAUUUCGAGGAGGGCACUGAGAACGUCUUAGGAGGCAAGCCUAAGCCUUGCAUGCAGCAGCAGCAGCAGCGGACUCAGGGCCCCGAAUUUGCUGCACCGAGACGCAGGGUGAAGAGGCAUACACUUCCGCCCCUUCAGGGUCAUAUGCAGUCGCAACACGAGCAGCGGCAGCCACUUGUCUGCCCUCAAACUCAAGGGGUGGUUGGUCCUGCUGGAUCCACGGGGAGCCUGACAGCUGCUCCAGAGCUGUCAAGGCAGCAUUGGCAGCUGCAGUUGCAGGGGCAGCUAGCAAACCCUUGCCAGCAGCAGCGGCAGCAUCAGCAGCUUCAGCAGCUGCGAUUGCGCAAUGCCCUUCAGCGGCAGCACUCUUUCCCCUCAGGCAGGUGUUGGAGUAACCGGAGUCGCAGUAGUAAUGCUUGCAGCUUCCCCAGAAGCAGCAGUCCAGGUGUGUGGGGUGGAAGCCGCCCGACCUCACAUGUGCAUCGCCGCAGGUACGCGACAGUGUGUUGGCCUAUUGACAAGGCAGCACAAGCUGCUGCUGCUGCCGCUGUUAGAGGCCCCCCCCCGCUUGAUGUACACCCACCUGGCUGCUGCCGUGUUGCCGCUGCUUCCUGGUGGCAGCAGCACCACGAGGAAGCGGCUGCUGCCGUUGUUGCAAGCAGGGCUGCUGCUCGCGCCGCUUCCGAUGUGCUGAGUCAUUAUAGUUUUGCUGCCCCUGGUAGCACAGCAGCAGCAGCAGCCGCCGCAGCAGCAACGGCUGCAGCAUCCGCAGUAGCAGAAGUGGCUGAGGAGUCAUCGAAUCCCUCAGCAGUAGCAGCAGGGAUGGCCUUACCGUGCCAACAUUUAAGCUCGUAUCGCACCUCUUCUGUGCUCGGCAUGCAGCAGCAGCAGCAGCGACAGCAAAGAAUACCGAGUAGGCCGCAAGGAGAUGCCACAUGGAGGGGUGCAUCGGGAACAGAACCACCCUGCGUGUCACGGCAGGACCCUCCAACGACACCAUGCACGAUGGGGUCGUCGUCAUCUUCGUGCAGCGGACUCCGCCCAGGUGCUCUCAGCUCGCGUACUCGUAGGCUUGUCCCCUCUACUGCAUCCGUUGCAGCGGACUACCCCUCGGUACUGCCUAACCCCUCCAACUGGCUACAGUGUGACCAACCUUCCCCUGUUGCUUCUAGAGAAGUCUCAGUCUCUAGCUGUCUGCGUUCGCAAGGCCUUACCUCAUGUAGCCAUAGUAGCGACCGCUCAACCGGAGGAGGCAUAGAGAACCGCAGUAGGGACAGCUCCACGCAGCACAAAGACGCAAGCCAUAUCUAG